AGCGUCGCAUCAUCAAGCACCAGUGUGACCAGCUCCGUUCUCCAGUAUCGGACAGAGAAUGGGCGAACAUACCAUGGCUAUAAAGAUGGCAGUAGGUUAUCUCUCCUCAUUCUGAAUGAGCAAAAGCUAAGUAGUCUAACAGAUAUUCAACAUAAUAUGUUCAUCCUCACCUUCGACAACCAAUUGGGACGUGCCCCAGUGAACGCGAAAAACACCAGUAUCAAGGUCGGUCGGGUACUUGAUGUUGGUACAGGGACCGGUAUUUGGGCAAUGGACUUUGCAGAUGAACAUCCAGAGUCAGAGGUAAUUAGAAAAAUUGCUAAACAAAUAUUUCAAAUACUAACCUAUUUCUAUCUAAGGUCCUUGGUAUUAACCUUUCACCCUAUUAAUAUCCUUAUUAUAGGGUAA